GUUUACGCCCCUGUUUUAAUAAACCUUUAGCAAAACCGCGUUUUUAUUGCAGCACAGAAAAUGCGUAUUUAAAAACAUCGAUAGCGGUUGGUAAAUGUCCAUGUUAAUCAUGUACGUUAUAGACCGCAGUAAGUUCUAUGUUUUUUGCAAAAUCUGAUUUAUAUAAAUAAACACACCACAUAACGUGUGAGCACUGGGAUUCCUGCAGCGAGAUUACUUUACGAUCCGCGGUCGCAGCCUGCGCUUAAACCGGAGAAAGGAGGAACAACAGGCGCUCUGCCAACUUUAUUUCCUGGCUGGAGAGAGACAGUCAUGAUAUUAAACCCCAUGUACCUAGCAUUAGCCUGCCAGCUCUAGCCUUCUUAGAGGAAUGCCGUCCUUUAGUUAGGCUUACAGUCUUUUCAUUUAGAUUAGCCAAAUAACGCCAAGCACUAUGAAUUUAUUACCAUCGAAUCCCCACGGUAAUGGAUUACUUUAUGCUGGAUUUAACCAGGAUCACGGAUGUUUUGCGUGUGGAAUGGAAAAUGGAUUCAGGGUGUAUAACACAGAUCCUCUCAAAGAAAAGGAAAAACAAGAGUUUCUUGAGGGAGGAGUUGGUCACGUGGAGAUGCUUUUUCGAUGCAACUAUCUUGCACUUGUUGGUGGCGGAAAAAAACCAAAGUACCCUCCCAAUAAAGUGAUGAUUUGGGAUGACUUGAAGAAAAAGACUGUGAUAGAGAUUGAGUUUUCCACAGAGGUCAAAGCUGUUAAGCUUCGCCGUGACAGAAUUGUGGUGGUCCUGGACUCGAUGAUUAAAGUGUUCACAUUUACUCAUAAUCCUCAUCAGCUGCAUGUCUUUGAAACAUGCUAUAACCCUAAAGGUUUGUGUGUCUUGUGCCCAAACAGCAACAAUUCAUUGCUAGCGUUCCCAGCCACUCACUCCGGACACGUUCAGAUCGUAGAUCUGGCCAAUACAGAGAAACCGCCCGUGGAUAUUCCUGCACAUGAAGGAGCUCUGUGCUGCAUCGCUCUCAACCUUCAGGGCACACGGAUAGCCACGGCAUCUGAAAAAGGGACCCUGAUCAGAAUAUUCGACACCUCAGCAGGUCAUCUUAUUCAGGAGCUGAGAAGAGGAUCGCAAACUGCCAAUAUAUACUGCAUCAAUUUCAACCAAGAUGCCUCUCUUAUCUGCGUAUCGAGUGACCAUGGCACAGUCCACAUAUUUGCUGCAGAGGAUCCCAAAAGGAACAAGCAGUCCAGCUUGGCAUCGGCCAGUUUUCUCCCCAAGUAUUUCAGCUCCAAAUGGAGUUUCUCCAAGUUCCAGGUCCCGUCCGGUUCGCCUUGCGUCUGUGCCUUUGGAACAGAACCCAAUGCUGUUAUAGCUAUUUGUGCUGAUGGCAGCUACUACAAGUUUCUGUUCAACCAAAAAGGGGAGUGUUCAAGGGAUGUUUACGCUCAGUUCCUGGAAAUGACUGACGAGAAGAUCUGAGCAUAGACACUACUUCACUUUACCAGAUUGUUUCUUUCUUGAGGAUGUCAAAGGACUCGAGUGGCAUUCGUAACACAGACUUUUUGGAGAUGACCGUGACACAGACAUACGGAGGACAGACCAAAAGAAACUCUGAGAUACUCUCUUGACUCAAACAACACACGAGAGUUGACUGAAAAACUGUGACCGCAGAAAACACAUUCUGUGGAGUGACAAGAGGGAAACUUUUUUUUUUUUUUUUUUUUUUUUUUUUUUUUGAAAGGACAACAUUUUUUAAAUUGUCUUCCAUUGGAUUUUUUAAGCUUUGGAUGUCCUUGGCUAGGUAGCGAGAGCGAAUCUCUUAGUCCACUAACAAAACCUAAUCUAAUGUAGGAAGCGCCUCUGUAACUAAGAGCAGAGGCGGGUGUAAACAUGUACAUCAUUCACACUAUGUAUUUGCAAACUAUUUGUUAGUGUUAGAUAUUGUUUUUCUUGCUGUAUGAACGCAGGAUACCGGAUGAAAAUGAUGUAACUACAUAGUAUUUAGACAAGUAUAACAAAAUGGCUAUUUUAUGGUGUAAAUGUGUGCUGCUCAUUUCACAUAUUUGUUGGCUUUAAGAAAAUCAAAUUAAUAUAAUCAGUGCUCUGUAAAAGUUUUGCUUCAUUCACCGUACUAUCACCCAAGAUACGUGACUGAUAUACACAACAUAUUAGGCCGUGGGGAGGAUUGAAGAAUCGCAUUAUCAUAUUUAGUCUACAUUUACACUCUAAAUGGGUUAAAACAAAAUUAUCAACUCUAAAAUGCUGUUUUCUUCACAAGGUAAUUGAGAAUAACUACAUUGCUACUUUACAAGAGGUUAAUUGUAAGGUGAAUUGCAAACUAUUUAAACCUGGUUGCAGAUGAAUGCUUUGAACCGCAUCUUUUUUUUAAAUUAGCUGUAGAAUUAGCACUUUAUGUAGUAUUGCAGUAGCCACUGACACCCUGAUCUUUCUCUUUUAAAGACUAAUGCACUCAAAUUCUGGAAAAGUGCCCAGUCAGUCUUGUCACCUGAAGAACAUAGUGUUUUUAUGUUUUUGUCUUAAUUCUUAUAACCGUUCUUUGAAAUGUAUCUAUAAGCUAUUUUGUUACUCAUUUGAUGCUUUUGUCAUUGAUAACGUGCAAGUGAUACGCAUAAUUUCAUGAAGAUGAUGAUGUAAGAUGAUGGCCACAGAAUUCAGUUUCACAUGACAAAUUAAAGAUGAUUGUAAAAUCAAGAAUGGCAAUUCUUUCAUAAUGAUAAGAGCAGUUUAGGCCUCUGAUGAUGGGACAGACAGCUGAUGUGUGGGAGAGAGGAUUCUUCUCUUGGUGGAAAGAUGUGUGUGGAAGUAAUUCUAGGAUUAAUUUAUGUGCUUUUUUCCAAUGUGUGUUAUCGUUGUGUAACGUGAUAAACAUGGCAAAGUUUACAAAGUAGAUUCUGCUUUUAUGUUGAUUUGUUGUUCACAGUGUAUGGUAAUGAAAAUCUUGAAAUGAUCCCUAGAUUUUGCAUUUUAUAUGAUUCAUCUUUAAUCUGCAAUGCAGCAUACUAGCAUUACAAAAGCACCUUUAACAGAGUUCAAGCUGGGUUCCUAUAAGUGUAACAUUAAUUACGAAACACGAUUAUAUGAAAACAUGAUUUUUUUAUAUAUACACAAAUCUAAGUAGCCUACUUGAAAGUGAAACCAACGUUUUGUGCAUUUUAUGAGUUUAUUUAUUAUAGCCUAUAAAAGCCCUCAAAGUGAUGAAAAAGAAAAAUGCAAUAAAUCUUUUGUCCUUUAA